UUCUGAACUCUUGAUUUUUUGUAAAACUGGUGUUGAAAAUCAAUAACAAGUUUUUCGAGGCUCGAGUUACUUGGUAACUCAAGUUACUCAAGUUCUGUCUGUCUUUAUGUCUGUCUCUCGUUGUUAGGGACACACACACAUAAAUUUAUUUAUGCUAGAGUUGAUGAGGCUGAUUGUGCAUCGAGAAUACUUAACUAUCAACGUAGAAUAUUUCUUUAUUUCCUUCGUUUGUAUUCACAGCAAAUAAACUUUUGUCAGCGAAUUGUUUCCACCGAUGGCCAAAGCAGGAUGUAGCAUUUCCUACGUCACUUCCGGUGUUUUGCCCAGGCAUAAGCUCUUGACUUCUUCCGGUAGAGGGUCACACAAGAGAACCCUCUUAUGUUGUGCAAAUAUCCUUAGCACAAAUAUAUAGUUUUAAGCUGUAAAUUCAUAGAAGACAGCACGACAUAGAGGCAGAGGUUAAUGAGUUGUCUAAUUUUGCUGAUAGUUUUUGUAUUAUUUUUCACAGUUUCUCGAUAAGAGGUAAUUCUAGACGUUUAGUUCCAGAUAAUUUCUUCCCUUUCUCUGCACCUCAAUCGAUCGGAAUUUGAACAGAUUUGUACCUCUUUGUCUGCUCAUUUCAUGAAAAAACAACUCAAGGCAGGCGCGGAUCCAUACUGGUUUCCAACGUUUUUACAGAAAUCGGUCAGAUUUUUCAGAAUUACUCAGAUGGACUGUAGGGGUAAAAAAAUUCCAGAACGUUUCCUAAGGGAGCGUGGCCCCUCUAGGAGGCACUCUUUGUAUCAGUCACCAUUUAUCCUAGAUCCGCCGCUGUAAGGAAAGAGUCAGGAAACGGUACCGUUAGAAUAUCAUUGAAUGACAGGCACAUUUUAACGUUGGAUAUUGACCAUCCUCACAGCUUAUUAAAAGCAAAUAAACAUUUCUCAAGGGAUUUCAGCGCGAUUCCCACGGCUUAAAUUUGUAAACAUUCUCAAAACAUGAAUUAUCUCGGCUUUUGUUCGAGUGGUCCGUUAUAAAGUCGCUGGCAACCUUUGUUCCCUCUAUCGUGUCAAGAAUCUUCGAGUGUCUGCGCACUUCGGAGCCCAGCACUUGUGUUUCGUGCAAGGCCGGCUAAAUAAUAGUUUCUCUGGCCCGCACGUCAUACAAGCGCACACAACCUGCCUCAUUUGUCAUCGCAGUCCCAAGUCGCAGUUUCUGCGCGGAACGAAAAUGGCUCUGAACGCGUCGAGAUCAAAAUGGCGAAGGAUUUCUGAUCAAAACGACGUCUCUUCAGUUGUAAGCGGCCUCAUAGCAGAUGCUGACCCAGAAUUGUGUGUUAAGUUACUGAAAACACCGUCGCUGAAGAAUUUUUCUGGCAUCCGUCCGCGACUCGAAAAGGCAAGCAAGGAAUGGCUAAGUGAAUUUCUUAAUCUCGGCGGAUUCGACUGUUUAUUCGAUGGUCUAACGUCACUAUCUUCUAGAAAUGGACUGAAGUUCACAGAAGCUCUUGAGCAAAUCGAGUGUGUGAGAUGUAUAAAAGCAGUUAUGAAUUCGUCGGUUGGUUUGGAAGUUAUGACCGCGAACAACGAGUUAACUAGAUCACUGGUUAAAGCGCUCGACACAAACAACACUAUGAUUAAAAAACAGGUCUUCGAGCUCCUUUCAGCGCUGUGUCUUUAUUCCAACCAAGGACAUCAGCUGGCGAUCGAUGCUCUCGAGAAUUACAAGCUCACCAAAGGACAAAGAUACAGAUUUAGCUUAAUCAUCAACGAAUUAAAAAAUGCCGAAGUUGUGCCGUACAUGACCACAUGCCUGGCCUUCAUUAACACCAUACUAAUAGCUACGGAAGACUUUGAAGAGCGCGUGAGACUACGGAACGAGUUUGCAGGGCUGGGACUAUUGGACAUUCUGAGUAAUCUAAGGCAUAACGACGAUGAAGAGUUGUUGGUUCAACUUGAUGUGUUUGAAGAACAAAGACUGGAAGAUGAAGAUGAUCUGAGUUCCCCGGAGGGGGUUAACCUUACCUCUCAUUUAGAUGUGUUUCAUGCCCUUUUUAGAAAGGUCAGCAACAAACCUCAAGGUGUAAACCUGUUAAGUAUCCUGCAAAACCUGCUUCUUAUAGAAGACGAUUCGCCUGUGUCGGACUCUGUUUGGGAGGUGAUCGAGAAACUCGUCAAACGAGCUGUGAACCUUGAAAGCGCCAGCCGAGUAGACGCUCUCUUGGAAGCCGGCGAGAAAGAACUCGUGGGCUUAGAAAAUGGAGAGACUUCUACAAGACAACGCAGUGCUGAUCGAAAUGAUUCUUUUGAUGAAAACAUGAGCCAGCGGAUGUCUGUGGCUCAACAGUCCACGGAAGAUGUGCGUUCAGCUUGCGUACGUUCCGUCUCUGAUGACGGCCCCAAUUCUACACCUGUUGUAGCAGAGGAGGUGUUUGAAGAAAUUCAAGCCUCGGCCACAGACACUGCAUUAGAGGAAGCGUGCCCAGUGACAUUUUUUGACGAAGCACCACCCCCUGCUUCGUCUGUUAAAAUUCUUGAAGGCAUUAUACAAAGUAACAAAGAAACCGAGGAGCGGUCGUCCAGCCCUGAUCUUAUGCUAGACCUGGAAAGUGUAGCUAUUGAACUUAGCGAAUCCAAUGCACCCCCGGCACCAGCACCGGCACCGACACCGACACAACUCCCUGGAAAAUCAUUAAAUGACAAUUGUCAAGUAGUGGCGAGUCAGGCAGAAUCAACCCAUGCCCAGCCUCCACCGCCACCACCUCCACCCCCUCCAUUACCUGGACAAGAUACCAGUUUUCCGUACGGGAGACCAGCCUCUCCUCCACCUCCGACGGAGACAACAACACCAGGAAAUUGUGGAGUUCCUCCACCUCCAGCGCCUCCACCACCUCCUCUAGGUACGGGUGGGGUACCUCCGCCUCCUCCUCUUCCAGACAUGGGUGGGGUGCCUCCGCCUCCUCCUCUUCCAGGCAUGGGUGGGGUACCUCCGCCUCCUCCUUUACCUGGGAUGGGAGGAGUGCCUCCGCCCCCUCCUCUUCCAGGUAUGGGUGGGGUACCUCCACCUCCUCCUCUCCCGGGUAUGGGUGGGGUACCUCCACCCCCUCCUCUUCCAGGCAUGGGCGGGGUACCUCCGCCUCCUCCGUUACCUGGGAUGGGAGGAGUGCCUCCGCCCCCUCCUCUUCCAGGGAUGGGCGGGGCCCCUCCACCUCCUCCUUUACCCGGUAUGGGCGGGGUUCCUCCACCCCCACCUCCUCCAGGAGCUGGAGGCGUGCCCCCUCCCCCUCCGCCUGGUGGGUUUGGAGUCAAUCGAGGCUACCAGCAGAAUGUGCAACGGAGUUACAGCUGUCCACUCACUCCCGCGGUGAAGCCUAAGAGUAAGAUGCGAUCCCUAGCGUGGCAGAAACUGCCUCCGCACGUGAUACAGAGAAGCAAGACGUGUGUGUGGGCUCGUGUCCUUGCCCUGGAAGUUAUCCAGCCUGAUUUUCAUCUGGAGGAGGAGUGGUUUUGUCAGAAGAAAGCGGGAGCCAAGAAGACGGAAUCGAAAAAGAAGGAACCUUCAGAGAUUACUCUUCUCGACCCUAAGAGGAGCCUAAAUGUUAAUAUUUUCAUGAAGCAGUUUAAAAAGACGAAUGAAGAAAUCGUUGCUAUCAUCCUCAAAGGAGACAGUAAGGCCUUUGACGUUGAUGUCCUGAAAGCGUUCAUCAAAAUUCUACCAGAUAACACUGAGAGAGAAAUGCUUAAAGGAUUUUCCGGAGAUAAAACGCAGUUAGGAUCAGCUGAGAAGUUUCUUUUGGCUCUGGUCUCCAUCCCUGGCUACAGCCUUCGCCUUGAAGCCAUGUUACAAAAGGAGGAAUUCCAGAUAACACUGGAAACCAUCGAACCGAGUAUUGAAGCAUUAAAGGGAGCGAUAGAAGGUGUGUACACUGUUAGCAGAUACCCAGAGAUCUUAAUCUUCAAAUUUCAGGUUGCCGAAGAGAAACGUGAGAAGGUAUUGCAAUUUCCAGAUGACAUGAAACAUCUAGACAAGGCUGUAAAGCUAUCUGUGGACAACAUCACAGAAGAAGUGAAGACACUAAAGUCCAAACUCAAUGAACUUGAAAAAGCCAUGAAAACCGGACCGAAGGACAUCGUAAAACAGUUUUCUGAAUUCAUUGAGGGUGCUUUGGAAAAGACGAAGAAGCUCGACGAAGGCAUUGCCGAAAUCCACAACCUGACGAAACAGCUGGCUUUGUAUUUCUGUGAGGACGAAGGCAAGCUAAAACUGCAGGAGCUUCUGUCGCUGUUUAAGACUUUCUGUGAUCAGCUGGUGAAAGCAAAGAAGGAAAACGAACAGUUUCGUAUCCAAGAAGAGAAACGCAAAGCACGUGAGAAAAAACGAGAGGAGGAGGCAGCAAGAAACGCUAAGGCAGGCUUAGCAGGAGUAAAGAAAGGCAAACCACGGCCCCUUGACGAGGAACAAGAAGGCUGCAUUGUCGACCGACUACUCAGCGACAUAAGGAAAGGAUUCCCCCUGCGGAAGAGCUCCAAGAGUACAACACCCGGCGGGUGUAAAUCAGCAUCCCCCAGGGCAAAAUUGAGCCGCGAUGAAGGAGGCGGAAAGGUGUUCGUCAUGCCAGAUGUGGCUGAACAAGAUGAAAAUGGCAGUGGCACGCCAGGAGCAGAUAUGAUAGAUGACGUGUUUGUCAGCGAAGGAAAUAAAGUCGAGAAUAAAACGCACCAGAGAGAAGAGAAGGCUGAAAAGAGCGAAGAAAUAUCUGAGAAACGUAGUAGGGUACCUGCUGAGGAAAUAAAAUCACCCACAGUUAACACGUCAGAGGAAAUGCAUAAAACUAAGAAGCAAGAACCAGGCGAGUCAGCUACAGAAUAUGCCUCUAAAACAGAGGAAGACGGAGAAAUACCUUCUGCAGUACAUAAAAAUGUAUUAAACGAAGAUAAAUUUGCAAUUCAAGCUAAAGAGGAAUUAGACAAAAAGGAAAAGGCAAUUGAAUCUUCGUGGGACUCACCCAAUGUGGAUAAAACCGACAGACGCUUUUCUGACAAGAAUGGUGAACUGGUAAUGGUUAAUGGAGUUCACGAGGACCUGUCGCCCACAGAAACACCUGAGAAAGCACAGGUUGAUUCAAAACCUGAGCUGGUGACUGUCAAAGAAGGCUAUAGUUUAGUCGCACCAAAACAGAAGGUGGCGUUCGCUAAGGAAGGCGACGAUGAUACUGUAAUAAACGAUUCUUGUAGUUCACCCAAUGAAGAUAAUACUGGGCAGCGUGAAAAUGGUUAUAAGCAAGAGGAAAGACUCAAUGAUCAGGUCUCUAGCCUAUUGCCUGUGGAGAUUGAGGAUAAGGAAAGAGACUUAAACACAUUUGAGUCAAAAUCAACAACGAAACAAAAUGACCGGGAAAAGACUGAAACGAGUUCAACAUCAGCUACACAAGUUGACGAUUCCAAUCGUAAAAUAAAGACUUCAUUAGAAUUAUCAGAUAUUCCUGUAGCUUUUAAUCGGCCGGAAGUAAGAAAUGAUCCGAAGUUAAUUCGUCUAGAAGGUUCGCAAGAACGCGAACCAAAGAAAAGCGGAAAAAUUUCGGUGGAAAGACCUCAAGCUCUGCAAAAUACAGCGCUGUCCGAAAAUGGCGGGAAAACUGAAGUUGCGAACCAAUCACAAAGCAUCAAAAAAUCACUUGAGGUGGAGGAUGACAAUCCGUGGAUUCUUCAGCUUCCACAAGGAGGGGACCAGGGAUCAAGGGAAAGAAGUGAACAAAAGAGAAAUAAUAACAGUAAUAGAAGAACCGAACAUAAACAAGAGGACAAACAAAGCGAGAUAAAGGACAAACAAGCACUAGUCUUACCAACUGUGACUAUCGACCAAAGCGACAAGUUAAGCGUCGAUAGAAAUCGUGAACACCCUUUGGAAGAACUGAGUGAAAGUGGAGAAGAACACACUGAGGAAGUUGAACCACGAAGAACAAGCGAGUCGGAUCUCAGCGGCCUCCGUCCAUUGAGUCCAUUAAGCCCUCUGAUGGAAGACCAAGAGUCAAACAGUACAUUUUUACAUCCUUCUGGCGCCCAGGUGACCAAGGUAAAGAGGAACAAAUCUUUUAUGGCGCGCGGAUUUUCCAAAAUGUUCGGAAGUAAACGCAAGUAUAAAGUUGACAAAGAACAAAAAGAUACUACUUAUUCGUCGGAAUCUGAUAAUAGAAUGGCUCACGAAGAGUUUGACUUCAGGGAGAAUCACAACACGGAGAAGAAGGAGAAGAAAAAGAAGAAAAAAGAACGCAGUGAGAAAAAAAGUGAUGAGCAAUCAACUGAUGAACACGGUGCAGACAAGAAAUCGUCGCGUAAAUUUGGCGGGCUUUUCUCGCGAGGGAAAAAGAAAGAGAAACAGUCACACUAGAAUGAGAGAUAAUAACGUUUUUCUAUCUCUAUAUAAAGUGGUUUGAUUUUUAACAGUACAAAGUCAUCUUAGCAAAGCUAAAACAGCCAGUCAUAAAAGGAUAACUGAAAUUGAAGAAUCUUUGGUUUCGCGCCUUUGUGAUCGACUGAGAUGACGUCAUAUCUUUUCACUGAAUUUUUAUGAUAAUGACGUCAUGUCUUUUCCAACAUAGGUCAAGCAACUUGCUUUAACAAAGCACAAAAAGUUUGAAAUGCAAAUCGUAACAAAUCUUCAAAACCCACAGUUCUAGCUGCAACAAGGUUUUACAAUGCUCAAGUCUUAUCUAGCUAAAAAAUCGUCAAUCGUAUUCUUCAGUUGCCGAUUUGUUGAUUUAAAUUACUUGAAUCCGGUAUAGGCAAACAUUUUCUAAAGCGUUGUUUAGUUGAAAAGUUUGUAGGUUAUUAGACAAAGCGUCAAGAAAAGAAGUUAGAGCGAUUUUCAUUUGACAUUGAAAAUGUAUUUUCGUUUUAGUGCGUUUUCCCUUUUAGAUUUCCAUAUGAUGGAGAAUGCAUCUUUCAAUGGACCAAUCACGAUCGUUGAAAUCCAGCAACGUCAUCGCAACAUUUGUAUAUCGGCUCGCGCGUUCGAGCUUGCGAGGCCAACCACGAUCUCGUCCCCAGGGCCUUCGAAAAUCGUCGAGGAGAAGGCCCUGGGGACGAGGUUGAGGCCAACCAAACCCCGGGCGCGUUUGUUUCGUUUUCAUUCGUUUGUUGAUUGCGUUAAUGUUUGCGUUCUAUUUGUUCGUAGUCAUUUCAAGGUCUAAUGAAAGAGAACCCAUUAUAUGCAUAACCUUA